UCUAGCGGCUCGAACAUGCCCUUGUCACAAAUAGAGAAAAGUGUCACUCACCUGCUCGUCGCCACGAAACAACUCCUCGAAACACUGACACAAUGGUCGCGCGGCGCCGCCACCGACACCCAGGUGUCCGACGUCUACGUGAGGCUGGGAUACGAAUUCAACAUGGCCUGCCGCGCAUUCACCGCUAUCAACGUUGAUACCUCAGACCUAGGAAACGUCCCCGAAAACCUCAGGCAUAUCCUCGAAUCAACCUUGAGCCAGGAGGCAAGCACCGAAAGCCUCGAAAAGUACCUGCCGAGGAUACGUGAUAUCAUCAUAAAUCUUCUGCACGGACUGAAGCGCAAACAACAAAAGCUUCGCGCAAAGCAGGCACGCGACAAAGAGGGCGGCGCCGCCUCACCCGAUGCUGAGUCGAGCAUGGCAAAUCGCACCCUGAGCAGCAGUACCACCGGAAGCUCCGGCACAGGGCUCACCACCUUACUGAACGAAGGUUUGGGGGAUCAUAGCUACAACGGCGGACGCGAUAGCUCAGGGUCGGGAGGGCCCCCUGGGGUGAACGGUUCACCGUCACGCAAGUUACAGCCGCGAGAUCAAACCCAAUCCUCUAUUGCGUCGGACCAAUCUUCAUUAUCGAGCAACACUAUGCAAAGUAUACCAGUCAUGCCGCCGUAUCCUGGCGACGAAUCCACCAUUCCGGCCGGUCCCUCGGCUGUGCCCAUAGAUAUCGACUCUUUCCCGCCGCCCCCUCCGCCUCCCAAAUCACAACAGAGUGCUCUUGCUGCUUUGCAGAGAGGGGGUGACUUGGAAAGGAGGGCCUCGAGGAGGUACUCUGCCUACCAAGUCUCCAAAAUGCUUGGGGCGCCCACCAAUGGCGUGCCUAUGCUACCUUCGCAAAAUACCCCGAUACCGAACAGAGGGCGCGGUGAAGUACGCGAGUCGCUGCGCGCUGUACAGCUGAGGGAGGCUAUGAAACACAACAGGUCCGAUUCGAACCAGUCAAAGACCACCUUCGAGUCCUCACCAAACAGGAUACCCAGCAAGGUUUCCGAAGCAAGCCUACCGAUCGAGCAGACUAAGCCCCGGCCUAGGUCGCCUCAAGCUACCUCACCGGAGGAGAGGUACAGACCUAGUGCGACUAUUUCUGGGCCUCUGGAUGAUGCUUUCCCUAUUGGUCCCGGCUCGCCUGAAAAGACAAGGGCGUCAUCAAUAGACACAUCGGCUGAGCAGAAGCCGGAGCCACCGCAGACUCAAGAGCGGCCAAAGACGCCCCAACAGCAGCCACAAGCGAACAGCAUCGUGGAGCAGUCACCGCCGCUCGAUAGGGAGUUGACUCUCUUUCUGCAAUACAAAUCCAAAGUCAAGAAGUUUGUCUUGCCCGAAGGCUAUACGGGUUUGACAAUCGGAAAAUUGCAGUUGGCUUUUAUCGAGAAAUUCUCAUGGAAUACGGCGCUGAAUGGCUCUGAUCUGCCCGAAAUCUACAUUCAAGAUCCCGUUUCCGGUGUUCGCCAUGAAUUGGAAGAUCUCUCUGAUAUCAAGGAUCGAACCGUCUUGGCACUCAACAUCGAGACGCUCGACGAGGUUAAAAAGCACAUUGAUGAGGGCAUAGGAGCUCUGAAGAAGGCGGUAGAGGAAGUCAAGCAGAACGUCGACGAUCAAAGCACGGCGCUGCAAAGGGUGUCUGACCGCACACUAGAAACUGCAAAAGAAAUGGCUCGUUUAGCAUCUCAACCUCCAGUCGUCAUGGAGCCUUCUGGUUCGAAAACAGCUGGCCCCGGAGCGAAACUCAACCCAAGCCAGCUCAGAGAACUACAGAGUCUUCGGCGAGACUUGGCUGUCAUGCGCCAGACUUACUCCAACUUCCAAACAGAGAUCCAAAGCUCCAUGUCCACAUUACGUAACAAGGCCAACAAUGUCAAGGUUGCUGCAGCCAAGGCUUCUGUCUCCAACUCGGACAAUGGUUCCGGUCCUGUUUAUGUUGCCAAGGGUCGUAAACAGCUCAACACUGACUCCGACCACCUUGUCACCAAGGUGGAUGAUCUUCAAGAUCUCGUCGAAGACUUGCGGAAGGACGUCGUACACCGUGGCGUUCGCCCCGUGCCCCGUCAACUCGAAGAAGUAUCGAAGGACAUCCAGAACCUGACCAAAGAGCUCACCAAGGUUCGCGAUUACAUGAAGCGUGAGAAGCCUGUCUGGACCAAAAUCUGGGAGAAAGAGCUCGAGGAUGUAUGCCAAGGACGAGACGAACUCAAGGUUAUGGAAGAUCUCAUGGUUGAUUUGCAGGAUGAUCUUGAAAAGGCAUCUGAGACUUUCGCGCUUGUCGAGCAAGCCACUAAGGAACAAAUGAAGGAUACCACACCGACAGCACGACAGUUCUCCAAGGGUCUUAGCAAUCUUGGCAACAGUUCUGAUCCGUCAGCCGCCAAGGAGGGUGUUCUUGGCGAAGUAAGAGCUUUGCAGCCAAACCACGAAGACAGACUCGAAGCAAUCGAAAGAGCGGAAAGGUUGAGACAGAAAGACCUCGAAACUAGAGCAGAGAACCCCUUGAAGAAAGAAUUGGCUAGCUUUGUUGAAGAGGGCAAGCUGAAGAAGAGCGGCGGCUUUGAAGAAGUCGAGCGCGCUCGAAAGGCAAAAGACGAUAGAAUCAGACGUGAGGUUUGGGAGAGGAUGAAUGGUAUCGUCCCAGAGGAGCCAAUC